AAUGAAGCACCUAGAAAGAGCCUAUGCGAGUGGCAGGGGCGUGGUCUUCGUCCACCUUCAAGGCAACGUUCUGAUUCAUUGUUAAAAUAGAAAGGCUGUGACCCCUGGCACCUCACCCCAGCACCCCCUUGUGUGUGGAAACCCGAGCCGAGGUUUGAUGGUGAAGGAGCCAGGAAUCUUCUCCCUGGUUGCCCCAGGGGAGGAUGUGAAAUUCCCCAGCUCUCCGCCAAGAUUGGCAACUAAGGCCAGAUCCCCUGUGACGCUUUGGAGGAAACUCGACAGGCCCCACCAUCGGAUUGCAGGAGCUGCCCUGGCCUGAUUCAACUGAUAUGGAGGGGGUGGCUGGGAAUGCCCCCUGUGACCACUUUGAAGCUAAUGUGCUUGCCCAGAGAUGCUGUCAAAACUGCUUCCACACUGAGGAGGCCCACAGAGCAAGGCAUCAGGAACCCGGGAGCCCUCCAAGUGCUGAGGCGCCCUAUUGCGACCUGCCGCGCCGCCCAGCCGCCCCUGAGGACCCGCUCGGUGCCUCGACCUCCAACUGCCAGUCUGUGGUGGGUUCGGGCCUUGGGCCAGGGCCUGAAAGGGGCCCAUCAACAGGGCUCCCUGCAGAGGGCCUCACAGCCACCCCCAGGACGCAGGAACCCGAGGCAGCACCCUACCUGGAGGGCCUGGCCUCCUCCCUGUGCGGCAACUUCAACGAGAGCCCUGACUCUGGCACCAGCUCCAGCUCUGACUGCGAAGCCCCUGAUGAUACCAGCGACUCGUCUUCCGUGGACUGGGACACUGUUGAGAGGCAAGAGGAGGCCCCCAGUGGGGACAAGUUCACCGUGAUGAUCCCACGGAAGCCACAGGAGGGGCCAAGGGCUGACAGUGCCCGAAGGGCUCCUCCUCUCCUCACCCGGUCCCCUGUAGGAGGAGACACUGCAGGCCAGAGAAAGGAGGGCUCUGGUGGUGGGAACCGAAGCGCCGGACAGCACUGGGCGAAGCUCCGGGGAGAAAGCGCGUACUUCUUGGAGCGGCACCGGUCGGCGCUGACCCCGGUCUCUCCCGCGACACCACAGAGUGGUGCUCGAAGUACCACCCCCCAGGCUUCCUCUCUCCAUCGCUCUGCUUCCACACAACUCGAUACCUCCCGAGCCUCCUCUCCCCCACGACUUGCCCAACGGGACAACCCCAGAACCUCAUCCACCCAGCAGGACACCCCCAGGACCUCUUCCACACAGCGGAACACCCCCAGAGCAUCCUCUCCCUCAAGAGUCGCCCAACGGGAUAACCCCAGAACCUCGUCCAUCCAACAGGAUACCCCUAGGGCCUCUUCCACACAACAGAACACCCCCAGACCAUCCUCUCCCUCAAGAGUCGCCCAACGGGACAACCCCAGAACCUCGUCCACCCAACAGGACACCCCCAAGACCUCUUCCACACAGCGGAAUGCCCCCAGAGCAUCCUCUCCCUCAAGAGUUGCCCAACGGGAUAACCCCAGAACCUCGUCCACCCAACAGGACACCCCCAAGACCUCUUCCACACAGCGGAACACCCCCAGAGCAUCCUCUCCCUCAAGAGUUGCCCAACGGGAUAACCCCAGAACCUCGUCCACCCAACAGGAUACCCCUAGGGCCUCUUCCACGCAACAGAACACCCCCAGAGCAUCCUCUCCCUCAAGAGUCGCCCAACGGGACAACCCCAGAACCUCGUCCACCCAACGAAAUAAUCCUCAAGUUUCCUUUCCCCCCAGAGCCACCCAACAAGACAACUCCAGAGCCUCUUCUACCCAACAGGACAGCCCUCAAGCUCCUGUCCCUACUUGUACUCACCAGAGGGACAACCCCAGACCUUCUUGUAUUCAACAGAACACUCCCAGAACCUCUUCUACCCAAAGGGACAACCCCAAAACCUCUUGUGCCCAACGGGACAAUCCCAAAUCCUCUUCCUCACGGCGGGAAAACCCAGGAAGCUCCUCCUCUCAGGGCUGCACCCAACGGGACAAUCCCGGACCUUCCUCUCCCCGUCGUUCCUCUCAGCGGAACAAUCCCAGGAAUUCCUCUCCCCAUCGUACUAACAAAGACAUUCCAUGGGCUUCCUUUCCCCUCCGGCCAACCCAGGGUGAUGGCCCCCGAACCUCUUCCCCAUCUCGCUCCAAGCAAAGUGAGGUUCCCUGGGCAUCCAUUGCCCUCCGGCCAACCCAAAGCGACAGGCCUCAGACCUCAUCUCCCAUCAGACCAGCUCAGCGUGACUCACCCCAGCGCUCCUCCAGCCCCACCCAGCACAACUCACCAUCCCGGGCCACUUCCUCCUCCCACCUGCCAAGCCACCACAGUGCCUCCCGGACCUCCUCGCCUCUGCACCCUGCUACCCGCGGUGCACCCCAGACCUCUCCGGAGCCCUCCCAGCCCCCCUGCCCUGUGUGCAUUGGGCACCGGGAUGCCCCUCGAGCCUCCUCGCCUCCUCGCUAUUUGCAGCAUGACCCCUUUCCCUUCUUCCCAGACCCCCACGCAUCUGAGAGUGAAUCGCCCCACCAUGACCCCCCCUAUAUGCCCCCAGCCGUAUGCAUUGGACACCGGGAUGCCCCUCGGGCUUCCUCACCCCCCCGCCACACCCAAUUUGACCCCUUUCCCUUCCUCCCAGACACGUCAGAUGCUGAGAACCAGUCCGCCCAGCACGAGCCUCCUCAGUUCCCCCCCACUGUGUGUAUCGGGCACCGUGACGCACCCCGGGCCUCCUCCCCGCCGCGCCAAGCCCCAGAGCCCUCCCUCUUGUUCCAGGAUCUCCCCAGGGCCAGCACCGAGAGCCUUGUCCCCUCCACAGACUCUCUGCACGAGCGCCUCCACAUCCCCAGCCCUGUAUGCAUUGGGCACCGUGAUGCACCCUCCUUCUCGUCCCCGCCCCGCCAGGCCCCCGAGCCCUCCCUCUUCUUCCAGGACCCCACUGGGACUAGCAUGGAGAGCCUGGCCCCCUCCACCGACUCUCUGCGUGGCUCCCCAGUGCUGCCCCCUCAAGUGUGCAUAGGGCACCGGGAUGCCCCUCGAGCCUCCUCUCCACCCCGCCACCCGCCCAGUGACCUAGCGCUCCUGGCACCCUCACCUCCGCCAGGCAGCUCGGGGGGCUCCCGGGGCUCGGCACCCCCGGGUGAGACCAGGCACAACUUGGAGAGGGAGGAAUACACCGUGCUGGCCGACCUGCCCCCACCCAGGAGGCUGGCGCAGAGGGAGCCAGGGCCCCAGUGCAGCAACGGGGGCCGCACCCGCAGCCCUGGCCGCGCAGAGGUGGAGCGCCUCUUCGGGCAAGAGCGCAGGAAGUCCGAGGCACCGGGGGCCUUCCAGACCCGGGAUGAGGGGCGGUCGCAGCGGCCCAGCCAAGUUCAGAGCCAACCUCUCCGAAGACAGUCCAGCCCUGCCCUCAGCAGGGAGGUAACCAAGCCCCUCGCGAAGCAGGCAGAACCGGCCCGGCGGAGCCGAGCAGAGCCCCCUCGUCCCAGGAGCCCCGAGAGGCGGCCUGAGGGGGAACGGCGGCUCCAGGGGUCCUCGCCGCCCCCGAGGACGUCAGCCAGAACUCCUGAGAGGGAGCAGCGGACAGAGAGCCCUCUGGAAAGAGGCCGGGCGGGCCCAAGACGGCCCCUGGGAGGGCAGCAGAGUCUGGAGGGACCGCCAGGAUCCGGGGACCCACACGGACACCUGGAGAGAGGCUGGGGCAGGCAGGAGGGCCCAGGCCUGGGGGGCUGGCUAGGACUUGGGGGGCCCAGGCAGGGGGCUGCCAGAGCCCCAGAGGAAACCUGGAGGGGCCCUCCCAGGGAGUCUGAGGAGAGCUGGAAGCUGCUGGCUGGCCCCCCCUGCCACAGGGGGCAGGCAGAGGCCUGGGAGGAACCCCCCAGUGCUGGGCCAUGGGAGCCCUCUGGCAGGCCAGCUCAGCGGGGCUGGGGCAGCCUGCAGGAGCUGUCCAGUCCUCACCAGCCUAUGAGGCCCCCAGAGAGCUCCAGGGCAGGCCCAGGAGAGUUCUCGAAACCCCGGAGGCCUGAGACCACCCCUGCCACGGGCUGGGGGGCUGAGGGAGCCUGUCCACACCUGCGUGGCCCCGAGAGGCAGCCCGAGCUUGACUGGAGGGACCUGGUGGGCCUCCUCAUGGCCCCCAGAGAGGGGGCCUGGACCCACUCGGGGGAGCCGACACUCGCCUCCACUCUUCCGAGGCUGGACUGGGAAGGCCUCCUGGAGCUCCUGCAGGCCCAGCUGCCCCGCCGGGACUCGGCUGGACACUGGGGUGGGCCAGGCACAAUUUCCCCAGGCACGAAGGGUACUCUGGAGCUGGAGCCAGAGCGACACACCCAGUCUGAAGGAGGGGCAGGAGCUACUCUGGUCAAUGGAUACAGCCCUGGGCAGUGGCCCCAGAGCUCCGCCCAGCCGCCCAGCCCUGCCGGCAUCUCCACCCAGUGGCCAAAGACCAAAGUGACAAGUGGACCAGAGACCUCAACUAUGGCUGGUCUGGAGGAGACAGGCCAGCUGAGGGGCAGGAGCCCUGCAGAGGGCCCCAGCUCGCUACAAUGGGAGUUCCAAUCCAAGGAGCCUGAGGAGUCAGAAGGAAGCAGAGGCCAAGACUCACUGACUGACCAGAAGCAGGCAGACUCGGCAGACAAGAGGCCAGCGGAGGGCAAGGCUGAGAGCCCACUCAAGGGCCGACUGGUGACCUCAUGGCGGAUGCCCGGGGACCGUCCCACGCUGUUCAAUCCGUUCCUGCUGUCUCUGGGGGUCCUCAGGUGGCAAAGGCCCGAUCUGCUCAACUUCAAGAAGGGAUGGAUGUCAAUCUUGGAUGAACCUGGAGAGUGGAAGAAGCACUGGUUUGUGCUGACCGAUUCAAGCCUCAAGUACUACAGGGAUUCCACUGCUGAGGAGGCAGAUGAGCUGGACGGUGAGAUCGAUCUGCGCUGCUGCACGGACGUCACCGAGUAUGCGGUGCAGCGCAACUAUGGCUUCCAGAUCCACACCAAAGAUGCUGUCUAUACCUUGUCGGCCAUGACCUCGGGCAUCCGGAGGAACUGGAUCGAGGCUCUGAGGAAGACUGUGCGUCCAACCUCAGCCCCAGAUGUCACCAAGCUCUCAGACUGCAAUAAGGAGAACACGCUGCACAGCUACGGCACGCCGAAGGGCUCCCUGAAGGCGGGGGAGCAGCGGGCAGGCUCUGAGGUCAUCGGCUGGGGCGGCCCCCGGAAGGCGGACGGGCAGCGGCAGUCACUGGACUACGUGGAGCUCUCCCCGCUGACUCAGGGCUCCCUGCAGCGGGCCCGCACCCCGGCCCGCGCUCUCGACCGCCCGGCCAAGCAGGAGGAGCUGGAGCGGGACCUGGCCCAGCGUUCCGAGGAGCGACGCAAGUGGUUCCAGGCCACGGACAGCAGGGCCACGGAGACACCGGCCGGCGAGGGUCCGCGCCGGGGCCUGGGUGCCCCCUUGACUGAGGACCAGCAGAACCGGCUCAGUGAGGAGAUCGAGAAGAAGUGGCAGGAGCUGGAGAAGUUGCCCCUGCGGGAGAACAAGCGGGUACCUCUCACCGCCCUGCUCAACCAAAGCCGCGGGGAGCGCCGGGGGGCCCCAAGCGACAGCCAUGAGGCACUGGAGAGGGAGGUCCAGUCCCUUCGUGCCCAGUUGGAGGCCUGGCGUCUCCAAGGGGAGGCUCGGCGUCUCCAAGGGGAGGCUUCUCAUGGUGCACCCAAGUCCCAGGAGGACGGCCACAUCCCCCCAGGCUACAUCUCACAGCGGGUGGACGUGAGCACUGUGCCCAUUUUUACAGACAAGGCCACUGAGCUAUGAGAGGUUAUGUGACUUGCCUGAGGUCAACCUGCCUGCAGAUGUCAGAGGUGGGAUUUGAGCUUGGGUCAGGCUGACUGCAGAGCCUGUGUGUGAGCCCCCACGUGAUCCUCUGUACUUAGACCCCUUCCCCUGCAUGUCUGGGGAAGAGGGGACCUGGUGGAGAGUGGGAUUCCUAAUGGGCAGGCCCCUGGAAGUCGCCCCCUAAACACAGGGAAAUCCUGCCCAUGCCUGCCAGGCCGAGGCCCUGCGCAAGGUGGUCUGCGGGACGUGGGCGCCUCCAGUGGCCCUCGGGAGACGCACGGUCUGCCUAGGACAGCGGCUCUCAACCAAGCUGAUUUUGUUCCCCUGGGGCUAUUUGGCCGUGUCCGGAGACACUUUUGCUUGUUAUGCCUGGGACAACUAGCUCUCCAGAAAAAAUACAUGUGUGUGUACACACUGACACACUUGUAUAUGUUUAUUGUAAAUUUCACUGAUAUAAAGGAUGUUUAGUGUGCAACUUACAAAUAAAAAGUAUGUAAUGUUUUUUAUUGUGAAUUCCAUAUAGCAAAUUGAUUUUUCUCAGAAUACUUUCGUUGAUUUUUUCCGAAUGCUCGUAUCCACAGCCAGCUGACAAGCGAGUAUCGUUCUAACACGAAUGUCGUUUGGCCUUUUCGUUUGUGUGAAUGAGUAAGACAGCAAGACAAAUGUUGAAACUUUACUUGGUCAAUGUCAUAGCAACUUCUUUGCUGAAUUAGAGGAUAGUUUUGUGUUGAGACUAUUUGAGGAUAUUCUUUUAAGAAUAUUUCUCAGGCUUUUGUUCUGUGUACAGCGUGACGGUCGUGGAUAGGGCGCGCCGAUUUGAAGUAUAAUCUGUACUGUGAGCAUUAUCAGCUCUUUCUCAUCUCUUGCUUAAAUCUGGACAAUCAACAAAACAAUAAAUCAAGCCCUGAUUUGUAACGUUUACCAAUUUCCAUGGUGUAAAUACUCCUGCUAUGGCUGAUGUCCCUGAACACAGAGUUGGGAAGCUGUGUGCCCGCCGUCAUAAUGACAUUUCCACCCUAUAGAUACAGGAGACGUAAAUAACCUCAAAGCAUAGCUACUAAUAAAGUGCAGUGAAAUAAUUAGGAAGUGAUGAGUUUUGAGUAUCAGCUUUGUUUUUAAUGUAACAAGUAAUUAUAAGUUUAUAUAAUUUCUAAUAAUGGGUAUGCUAAAUAACCGUGCCACAGAAUUCCUAAAAAUUUUGACAGUCGGCUGCCCCCA